AUGUGCAAGCUUUUGGCUCUAUUGGCUAUUAUCGUGACUUUGGCUUCUGGAACUUCCACACCUUCCUCACCAGUUUCUGCGGAAAAUAAGCCACCGGUUGCCAAAUCUCACCCUUUCCAAGCUGGCCUACCAACGGCACCUUCUGGAUCUUUCUCUCAUCCACCUUCUUCUGGACUUUUUUCGACUGGUCUCCCAACUCCGAUUACAGGACCUUCCGAUAUCGAAGAAGUAUUCGACGACCCAUCAGAAUCAAUCUAUAUUCUGGAAGUUCUCCAAAACAUCGAAAAUUCCAAAAUCGAAGAGAAGAGAGAAGAAGCGAAGCUCCGUCGAUCCCUGGAAGAAACUGUGGAGUUUUAUGACAACAACCGUAUUGAGGAGUGUCUUAUGGAGUAUUUUGAAGAAAGAGAAAAUUGGAAUCAGGUUCCGGAUGAAAAUCAAAACUAUCUAGCCCCAAUUAUGACACUGGAGCAUGUUCGCAUGGUCUAA